AUGUUGUACAACCCCAUUACCUCUGCUGCUGCUGCCACAGCGAACCAGGCACUCAUUGUUCUUCUGGACACGUUGAAUGAGUUGGUUGAACAGGUGCUCUGCUCACAGUCAGAAGAAGAUAAAAUGAGAUUGAGCUGCACCAUUGCUUUUCAAUUGAACAAUGCAGUCCGUUCCCACCUCACACUUGCCACCUACAUCCCCCUUCGCCUGCUGUCAAUGGCAGCUGAGGUCCAUCGCGCUCAAAGGGGCACUGCACAACUGGUGCAAGUGCCGGAUUGGAGUCAGGUCGAGAUCAAUGAGGACAUUUGCCAGGGUCAUCCCUUAUACUCAAAGACACUCGGUCUGUCGCCUACUGUCACCAUUCCUGCUGGCUCAUCCUCUGCUCCUGCACUGGCAGGCUCAUCCUCUGCACCUAUACUGGCAGGCCCAUCCUCUGUACCUCAACCGGCAGGCUCAAGUGCACCAGCACCAGCACAAACCUCAGCACCUCCAAUCGCCACUUUGCCGGUUCCCAGUAUUGUCAUCAAGAUCUCUGGUGGUGCAAUUUCCGGCUCAUCAAAACAUCGCAAACGACAAUUUAGCGUCAGCCCCCCACGUCCGGUCAAGAGGGCAAGGAAAAUAGUCAAGUCCAAGCGAAUCUUGAGUGACACCGACACUGAUAGUGAUGGAGUUCACAUUGAAAAAGGACAUGAUCAGGUAAAGGGCAAAGGAAAGGCAAGAGUGAAGUUACCAUCAUCGGAUGACAAUACCCAGGAAAUAACGAUGAAAGAUGCCACUCGUGUUCCGGAAGUCAAGCCAUGGCAACUGACACAAAAUCCGCUCAAACAGAAAAUACCGGUUGUCAACAUCCGGACUCAGCCGAUGCCACCUUCCAAUACCAGAAACAAGGGUGCUGACCAUGCAGAAUACCAGCCGGAGGAAGAUGUGGAGUCUAUUGAUGACAAACGAAAGCCACAUCUUGACCGGGUCAAAGACACGAAACCAUCUAUGUCAGAUACCCGGCAUGUAGGAACAGACAAGGACAAGAAGGGGAAGCAUCCACAGCCAGUGAGACAUCCUGUCAUUACCAUCCGGACAGCUCAUACUCAUCCUUCACAGCAACCCAUCGAAUGUCACAGCUGGCUCACCAAAAAGGGCCUGGUUGCUCAUACUUGUGCGCGUUGCAACCGGUGGAGGAUGAAAUGCAUCUGGCCAACGCAACUGGACGCGCCUGCAAUCACCAUGCCCAUACCACUGGUCGCACCCAUCACCACUCACUCGAAGGCUACCAGAGUAGCAAAGCAGGCUAAGCAGUCUAGGCAACGCAAAGGCAAGUCUGUCAUGUCUGGUUGUGUCCCUACUAAGUCAUUCUUUGUCAUAGAUACUCAGCAGCCUAGUCCUAUCCCAGAGGGACCUGAUGCUGAUGUCGAGAUGCUCAAUGAUGCUCCUACCGUGCCAAGCGCCGCCCCAGUGCUAUCCAAUGACAAUUUCCCCAAGAACCAUUACAUUGAAACCAUGGAUGACAGUGUCCUACCUCCCACACCAUUUGAGGAGACACCGGAUGAGGUCCAGUACACUCCUAUCUAUCCGGCUAGCACUCAAAGGCCCCCCUCCCCUGCCACCACUUCCAUGCCCAUUCAGUCUCAUCAGCCUCCCCAUCAUCUAAGUAAUGCGGAGAUUGAGACCAUGCUGGCCCAAAUUCAGAUUGAUAUGGAGGAGCUACGCACACAUGAUGAUGCCAUUCACAAUGAUCUGUCUCGUCGCAUCGAUGAGCUGUGUGCUAACUAUAUAGAACAAUUUGGCCUCCAGAAGGGACUGGUAGAUCAGUUGACUUUCCAGGUGGGUGAAAUGGUGAGGUACUUGAGGGACAACCACAGGGCUGCUGCAUCAUUGGUCACAACUCUACCCACAUUCAAUCCACCACCCAUUGUCAUCCCCGGUACCCCCAUAUUCCCCGAGUUUGGUUCCAUCAGUGCAUUAGGUCGUGCUGUUACCAAUAAUAUCUUUACUCUGGAUGUGUUCUUGACUGGUGCCUGCCCCACUGGAGAUGGCUCGCCAGUCACAAGGCGUGAACAAGCGCCCACAUCCAGCUCUACCUCCACAAUCAAUCCGGCCCCCACCAUCAGGGCAUCCAGUUUACCCAUUCAGCUGGCUGUGGCACUGCCGGUGCCAACUCACACAGUCCCAAUGGAAUCCAUGCCUUCCACCAGCACCAUUCGCAUGUUGGUCACCAGGUCACCAAAUGUACCUGAGGAUGAUCGACCGGUGAAUGCAUUCAAGAUGCACUGGACAAUUGGCAUGUCAGAUGACCAGAUAACAUUGGAUGUACCAGAUGAUACACUUGUGAGAUCAAUCCACCCGGUGAUGGACUUAGUGGAUGAUGGCAUUGACCGGAUGUCUGGUUUCAUAGGAUUCUUCUGA